UUAGUACGUACUACUAGUAGAAUAUAAAAAGAGUAGUGGUGGGCAACCAAGAAUGGAAGGUGUUAAGCAUGGCGCCUAAUAUAGACAGUUAAAUUCUUGAAUUGAAGGGUAUUACUAUUUUAGUGACAGCCAUGAAAUAUCGCAAGCAUGGUCCCCAUUUGUCCAGCAAUAUUUGUUUCCUCCAUUUUCGGUCAUCUCAAAACAUUAAACUCCCCUUACUAUUUUCAUCUUCUUCUCUUCUCUCUCUUCCUAUUUUCUUAAUCACCCAUUGCUCUUUCCAAGAAUCAUUCUUUCUUGGGAUUCUUGAUUAUCAGAGUUUUUCUUUUUCUUUUUGGGGAUUCGAAUGUGGGUCUGGUUUGAAUAAGAUGCAAGAAGGAAAGAUGUUAUUCGCCAGGCUCGACGACUCCCCCAUGUUUCGUCAACAGAUCCAAUCAUUGGAGGAAAGUUCUGAGACUUUGAAGGACAAAUGUCUAAAGUAUUAUAAAGGAUGUCGAAAAUACACGGAAGGGCUUGGAGAGGCAUACGAUAGAGACAUUGCUUUUGCCAGUUCACUUGAAAUCUUUGGUGGAGGGCGUAAUGAUCCCAUUUCUGUUGCAUUUGGAGGCCCAGAAAUGGCCAAAUUUGCUAUCGCUCUGAGAGAAAUUGGAACGUACAAAGAAGUUCUUCGAUCACAGGUAGAACGUGUAUUAAAUGAUCGAUUACUGCAUUUGGCAACCAUUGAUCUUCAAGAUGUAAAGGAAGCUCGGAAGCGUUUUGACAAAGCUAAUGUUGCUUAUGAUCAGGUAAGGGAGAAGUUUUUGUCAUUGAGGAAAAGUACUAGGAUGGAUAUAGCUGCAGCCAUUGAGGAGGAACUUUACAAUGCAAGGUUGACCUUUGAGCAAGCCCGCUUUAAUCUGGUCGGAGCUCUUUCUGCGGUUGAGGCCAAAAAGAAGUAUGAACUUUUGGAAGCUGUUGGCAGUACGAUGGACGCUCAUCUUCGGUAUUUCAAACAGGGGUAUGAACUUUUGCAUCAAAUGGAGCCUUAUAUCAACCAGGUCUUGGCUUAUUCGCAAAAAGCUCGAGAAAGCUCCUUGUAUGAGCAGGCAGCUCUCAAUGAGAGGAUGCAAGAGUAUAAAAGGAAAAUAGAUCAAGAAAGGAGAUGUUCGUUCAAUGGGUCUCCAAAUGGUGAUGUCACACAACCUUUUUCCAGGAGUUCUCACAAACUUAUAGAAGCAGUCAUGCAAUCUGCUGCUGAAGGAAAGGUACAAACUAUAAAACAAGGAUACCUGUCCAAGCGUUCUUCUAAUAUAAGAGGUGACUGGAAGAGAAGAUUCUUUGUUCUAGAUAGCAGAGGAAUGCUGUACUACUAUCGAAAACAAUUGAGCAGACCGUCUUUUCAGGGUUCUGGCAGCCCACUCCUUUCAAACAGAUGUUCUUCCCCAGAACCGGGAUCAGGACUGCUGAGUCGUUGGCUUUCUUCUCAUUAUCAUGGGGGUGUACAUGAGGAAAAAACUGUUGCACGUCACACAGUGAACCUACUGACAUCAACGAUAAAAACGGAUGCAGAUCAGUCUGAUCUGAGAUUUUGCUUCAGAAUAAUUUCACCAACAAAGAAUUAUACUUUGCAGGCAGAGAGUGCAGCGGAGCAAAUGGACUGGAUAGAAAAAAUAACAGGAGUUAUUACUUCGUUGCUAAGUUCCCAUACACCUGAAAGGGUAAACUACAAAAUAAGUAUAUGUCUUCCUUUCCUUCUUUUUGUUGUUAUAUCUGAUAAUAUGAUAUUCGGUGUUCAGCAUUUCUCUGGUAGUCCCACUAGCGAAAGUAGUUCUAUAGGAAGUCCAAUUGAUCAUGACCAAAGGGCAACGGAAGAGCACACAUCUGGGAGGGAUCUUACUGGAAGAUCUUUCAUACGGCCAUCCAAAAGUACAGUGCACAUCCUCAGCACGAAAAGAGAGAAACCAGUUGAAGCACUAAAAAGGAUACCUGGGAAUGAUAAAUGUGCUGAUUGUGGUGCUCCUGGACCAGAAUGGGCUUCUUUAAAUCUUGGAAUUCUUAUAUGCAUUGAAUGUUCUGGUGUUCACCGGAACUUUGGUGUACAUAUAUCCAAGGUAAGAUCUUUGAAACUUGAUGUUAAAGUGUGGGAGCCUUCAGUCAUAACGCUCUUCGAGGCACUGGGUAAUGUGUUUGUGAAUUCUGUUUGGGAGGAGCUGUUGCAUGCAAGAAAAACGUUUCAGGCUGAUGAAAUACCAAUGCGGUUUUUCGAGUCUGAAAAACACAAGGAGUUCUUUGGCAAGCCCAGUUAUGCUGAUCAUAUUUCAGUAAAGGAGAAAUUCAUUCAUGCAAAGUACGCAGAAAAACGUUUCAUUCACAAGGUGAAGGACACUACACACCUCCUUUCGGUUGCAGAACAGUUGUGGGAAGGUGUCCGUGCAAAUGACAAGAAAGCUGUAUAUCGUCUCAUUGUUGUCUACCAAGCCGAUGUUAAUGCAGUUCAUGGGGAAGAAGCAUCACCUGGCAGUACUAGUUCAAGCUCUUUUGACCCACAAAGUGAAAGUGAAGAGCAUUGCAUUGAUGAAUUUCUUGAUGGCUGUUCCUUACUUCACCUAGCCUGCCAAACUGCUGAUAUUGGCAUGGUGGAGCUGCUUCUGCAGCAUGGUGCCAACAUAAAUGCUUGUGAUUCACGAGGUCAGACCCCACUUCAUCAUAGUGUUAUGAGAGGAAGAACUGCAAUUGUCAAACUGUUACUUGCAAGGGGGGGCAACCCACGCAUUGCUGAUCUUGAAGGCAAAACCCCAUCUCACCUUGUCUCAGAAUUAGCCCUUGAUGACGUGGAGAUUCUUGCCCUCCUGAAAGUUGCAAAUAGAUAGCAGCAGUGCGAAGAUCACCCGGAGGUAUGAAUUUCCAUGUCCCACAGGGUGAUGUUUUAUCUUCAAAGCAAUGACGGUUUAAGUUAUCUCGGAAAACAGCUUGCUAUAAUAUGAGCGGCAAAUUGGAUCCAAGAAAUGAUAUACUACACAGAGUGCCAAGUUACAAAGGAUGUUGAGUUGGCUGCUUCAAGAUGCAUAAUCCACUUGUUCAAUUAUUUUUAGGCCUUAGUUUCUUCUCGUUAAUUCUUUGCACAGCUUACAGAAUUAGGAAGUAGAUUAGUUGUACAUAGUAUGUUAUAGUAAAUUAGUUUGAGAUGCUGCAGAAACUGAAGAGAUGAGGUUGCUUUUGUUUUUACUCCAAAUAUAUGUAUAAUGCGAAGUCUCAGUAUUUAGGCUUUGCUUUAUUACCGGUGACUUCAAAUAUUGAUCAAUUAUUAAUAUUUGUUCCAGUUUCUAGUUUAAAUUUUCCAUAGAGUGAUUUCUUAUAUUACUUUUA